CUCUCUCUCUCUCUCUCUCGCAACAGGAAGAGGAAAAUUUUGAAGGAGCCUCUCAAAAAAUGGCUGCUGACGUGAGCUCUCUGGUUCGGGUUCUGAGCGGCUACAAGGACGAUCAACGUGGGUCAACGACGAUGGGUAAUGAUUCUACCGCCGAGAGAUCAACGGCUCUGAUUACUCGUGACUUGCUUGGUGGGUCCUCGUCUUCUUCUUCUUCUUCCAAGCUCGUCAGCGAUGCCCAGGAAUUGGACCUCGAUUUGCAGGUCCCCAGCGGCUGGGAAAAGCGCUUGGACUUGAAGUCAGGAAAAGUGUACCUUCAAAGAUGCAGUGGCACAAAUUCUUAUUCUGACCAUAAUAAGCACCACCAAACCAAUUCAACAGUGCCAAAGCUCCAAGACCUAAACUUCCCUGCCUCACAAUCAUCAAAAAUGCCAUUGAACCUUUUUGAUGACACUAGUCUAGAAUUGAAACUAGUCUCACACUCUUCAUCACCACCCUCAACCUCACCAAACUACCAAAGUGUGUGCACCCUAGACAAGGUAAAAUCCGCCCUCGAGAGGGCGGAAAAGGAGCCCGCGGCAAAGAGGCGCUCCCCGUCAACGACAACGCUUUGGAAGUCGUCGCCAUCGCCAUCCUACUCCUCGUCGUCGUCAUCGAUGAAGGAAGCGCAAGAGGAAGAGUAUCAUGAUGAGAAAGUGUUCUCAUCCCCAUUUGCCGCCGGCUGCCCUGGCUGCUUAUCUUAUGUGUUGAUAAUGAAGAACAACCCAAAAUGCCCAAGGUGCAACUCUGUUAUUCCAUUGCCCUUGAUGAAGAAACCUCGGAUUGACCUCAACAUGACAAUUUGAAGGGAAUGAAGAGAAUAAUUUAGAAUUUUACUUUUAAUGCUUGAUAUAAUUUUUGUAUAUGAUAGAUGAUAAUCAAAGGAGAUGUGUUUCUUAAGGGGGGAAAAAUAGAUUUCUUAGUGAUAGAAGAGCAUAUGUACAUUUUUUAAGUGAAAAAAAAAGGAGGGCUUUAUGAUUUUCAUUACUCUUUUCAAGCAUAAUUGAUGGAAGUUUCAUGCUUUAUUGGUCCUUCCUACUUAUUUUGAUUUGUAAUAUUGUAAGAUCAGCAGUUGGUAUGUCCAUGAUCAGACAGUGAAAUACACAAUUAGAAGUUUUAGGUCAUGAUUGAUUAUGAUGA